AUGGAUAAUCAUACAUCCUCAUCAUCACCAACAUCCUGUUUUCUUUUUGAAAAUACAAAUGGUUCUAUUUAUCCGGGUGACUUAUCUUUAACUAUGAUUGAAGAUACAUCAUCAUCAUCAUCAUCAUUAAAUUCAUCAACAAAUACAAAUGGAAGUUUAUCUCCAUCGUCAUCCCAUCAAUCACUUGGUAUAUCAUCAUCAUCAUCAAAUCAGAUGUCUUUUCCUUGUUGUGUAUUCCGUUGUCGACCUAAUUCGCAUCCGUUCCAAGAACGUUGCAUUCCAUUAAAUGAACAAGUUAAAGUUGGCCGAGCUGUAGCUCGUCUUAAAGCUCUUCCAAAUAAUGCCAUCUUUGAUUGUAAAGUUCUCUCACGUCAACAUGCUAAACUUUGGUAUGAAAAUGGAAAGUUCCUAUUACAAGAUACAAAAAGUUCAAAUGGAACAUUUGUUAAUAAUCAACGAUUGGGAAAAUGUAAUGAAGAAAGUUUACCAUUUGAAAUUUAUUCUGGUGAUAUUAUUCAAUUUGGUGUUGAUGUUACUGAAAAUAAUCGUAAAACUACUCAUAAUUGUAUUAUUAUUGAAGUUAAACUCUAUCAUAGUGAUGGUAAUGAAGCACUACCUCGAAGUCCUAUCGAUCGAUCUUUAGGUCAAAUGAAAGACGUUGAUAUCAAUACUCAAACUUUAUAUCAAUUAGCUCAAUAUCUUCAAGAAGCUAUGCAUCGUGAGCAAAUGCUCGAACAAAAAUUAGAAUAUCUUCAAGGUGUAAUACGUGAUACACAACAAGCAUCGAAUGAAGGUUGGCAAGCAAUUAUUGAUGAAGAUCGUCUUUUAGCACGGAUUAAUGCACUUGAAGAUCAAAUUCAUAUUUAUCAUACUAAACAUCCAAACGAAGAUGCUCCAACACAAGAAAUAGUUCAAUUAAAACAAACACAUUGUAGAUUUGAAAAUGAAUCAAAAGAAAAAUUAGAAAAAGCAAUACUUGAACGAGCAGAUGCUAUUAGUCAUAGUAAAUCUUUAGAAUGUUCAUUACAAAUGGCACAAGAUGAACUUAAAAGAUUUGACGAACAAAAUGAACAACAUAAACAAGAAAUUCAACAACUUGUACAAUCACUUGAUGAACAACGUUCUUUACUUACAGAAUUCGAACUUAAAUUUAGAGAGUCUCAAACCCGAUGUACUGACCUUGAAAAUGAACGACAACGAAUACAAACUGAAUUCGAAAAUUAUUAUCAACGAACACAUCAUUUAGAAGAAUUACAACAACAAUCUCCCACCAGUAAUAAUUCAGAUCAAAUUAAUCAGGUAUUUCAAUUUUUCCUUAGAAAAUUUCAAUGUAUAAAUAUUGAGUUUUCUUUUUCCUUUAAGAAUGG